AUGACAAGCCCCGUCAAUGCAAAGGAGACCUCCCAGGAAGGAGGCUCUCGGCCAACUUCCGGAGAACAGAGAUACAAAGGGCGGUUGGGCAUCGCUUUACCACCUCUAAAUUGGCCCCUCUUUACCUUCAUCGUCAUAGUCCCUAUGGUUGCAAUUUUUGGUGGAAUUCUUUGGGUACCCAUCUACAAGACAACCGUCCUCUUCGGUUUCGUGUAUGGUUAUCUCAGAGGCAUUUGCAUCACUGCCGGGUAUCAUCGAUAUUGGGCGCACAGGUCAUACACGGCCAGCCAGCCACUGCAAUUGUUUCUGGCCCUUGUGGGAGUCGGCGCUGGCCAAGGAUCAAUAAGCCAAUGGUGUCGGCAGCACCGUGCACACCACCGCUAUGUGGACACGAGCCAGGACCCUUACAAUGUGCAACGGGGAUUUUUCCACGCGCACAUUGGGUGGAUCAUUUUCAAGGACAACUCGAAUUUGCACAACCGUGUGGAUAUUACCGACCUCAAGGCCGACCCCAUCGUUUAUUGGCAGCGCCGAUACUAUUGGCAGUUGACAAUCCUCAUGGCCUAUAUUGUUCCCACGGUGAUAGCAGGGCUUAUCUGGGGAGACUGGCUGGGUGGCUUCGUGAUUGCGGGCUGUGUAGGGACCGGGGGGGUUCAGCAAAUUUCAUUUUGCAUCAAUUCGUUCGCACAUUGCUAUGGAACACAGCCGUUCCAGGGAGUAAAAUCUCCUCGGGAUAAUUUCAUCACCGCAUUCGUGACGUUGGGGGAGGGCUACCACAACUUCCAUCAUGAAUUCCCCGUGGAUUACCGGAACGGUGUCCGGUGGUGUGACUAUGACCCCACGAAGUGGACCAUUUGGUUCUGGAGCCGCAUUGGACUGGCAUCCAAUUUGAGGCGGUCCCCUGACAGUGAGAUUGAGAAGAGACGUCUGCAACGGUGUCGGGAGAUACUGGAUCAGGCGUUGGACAACGUUGACUGCGGCACAAUGGUCAAAGACCUACCUGAUAUAUCAUGGGAGGCGUACCAGCAACAAGCCCGCACAGGGUGCAAUCUCGUCGUCAUCAAUGGCAUCGUCCAUGACGUAUCCAACUUUAUAACAGAUCAUCCUGGAGGAGAGGAGUUGCUUACAGCAGUGAUUGGAGAUGAUGCGACACAACUAUUCGAAGGUGGUGCGUACAAGCAUUCGAAUGCUGCCCAUAACCUGCUGUCCACUUUGAGAAUAGCUAGGGUCAGUACACAACCGGAGUCAAAGCAGUUGAUAUGA